AUGGGAUUGACUCUUUCAUCCAAUUCUUCAGUUAAUUCAUACACUCCGAGUUGCUUUGAUGAUGAUUUGUGUGUUUAUAUCAUGUCCUUUCUUGAAUUUGAUACCAUUAAAGUGUGUUUUUUCGUUUCUAAACAAUGGAAUAUGAUGGCAAGAAAAACUCCUGUAUCAUUGAUGAUGCGUUAUAAUUAUCAUAACGGAUUGGAAAAACGGUUGGAAUUAAUGUCUAAAUGUCAACAUGUAAAUAUUACUUCGUUGGAUUUGGGACAAAAUUCAAUUGAAAAACCCAGUGCGAUUAAAAACAUUGUACAAAGCAAAAUUGCAUCACGUUUGAAAGUACUGAAAUUAGAUUAUAAUUAUUCUCUACGUGAUAGUGCUCUUUCAUUGAUUACAACAUCCACAAAAUUAACGAAUUUACAAGUUUUAAAUGUCAAUCAUUGUAAUAUCACUGACAUUGGAGUGGAAGCAUUGGCUCAAAGUGUAAUCAUGUCAAAUCUCAGAGAGUUGCAUUUACAGGGAAAUGAUAUAAGCGAAAAAGGAGCUCGAGCUCUCUCUACAAGCAAAUUUAUGAGCAAAUUACAAAUUCUCCAUCUUGGUUAUUUCAAGAUGGAGAUCACCAGAAUUGGAUCAAAAGGAGCUCACUAUCUUGCACAUGGAAAUUCCAAAUUCACUGAAUUAUAUUUAUCAUUUUGUGACAUUGGGGACAGUGGAGCCAUAGAAAUUGGAAAAAGUCCUCACAUGUCAAAUUUAACAGUAUUGAAUUUAAGAUCGAAUAAUAUUGGAAAUGAAGGAGCCAUGGCAUUGAUUGGAAGUGACUACCUUACCACAUUGACGUUUUUAGAUCUUUCUGGAAACCGUCUUGAAAAAUCUGGUGCCAAACUAAUUGCCUUAAAACUGUCGAAUUUAACUACUUUAAGAGUGGGAAGCAAUGAAAUUCAAGAAGAAGGAGCCAUCUCCAUUGUGACAAGUCCACACAUGAGUAAUCUCACUUGUCUCUCCAUGAGUUAUAAUUCUCUGGGAGUUAAUUUUGCUGAAAAAUUGGCUUCAAGUCCGUAUCUAUCAAAAUUGAAAUCGUUGGAUUUGUGUGGCAACCAAUUGGGUGAUGAAGGGACGAUCAUCAUUGCCUCCAGUGGUGAAAAUUUGAAAAAUCUCACCCAAUUAGUUCAUGAAUUGUCACACAAUCAGUCUACAACUGUCAUUUUGAAAAAAUUUGGAAAACAAGAGAUAUCGCACCGACAAUCACAACAACAACAAUGA